CUACUUACUACCCAUCAUUAUUCUUGUUUAUAACAGCCACUUGUUAUCUCCAAUGCAGUGCUAGUAGUGCUUUCUGCAGUAGGACUAUCAACAACAGUCAUCCAUGGAUGGAAAUGGAACCAUCUGCGCCAUAAUAGCUCACGACGUUCGAUCGAUAGAUUCUCGAGACAGAUCAUAUAUACCUAGCCUGCAAUGAUGAAGAGGACAGUUACAGGCGAUCUUCCUCCACCAAAGAGGUCUUCGCUACAGCAGCCAGUGUCGUGUCAGCUUUGCCGGACGAGGAAGCUCAAGUGCGAUAGAGAACGCCCUUGCUCGAAUUGUUCGUCCAGAAAUACCACAUGCGUUUAUGCAGCCGACCCCAUUCAGGAAGCGCAACCGUCGCCACCUCCUUAUGUUCCUGUCAGUACUGGAAUGAGGUUGAGAGAGGGAGAUCACGAAAGCUUUGCACGACGUCUGAGACGCUUAGAAGAUGCGGUCUUCGGACCAGAUAUGAGAAACACAGACGUACCUCAUCAUUUCUCAAGACCUAGUGGAUCUGGCAAUCCCAAGAGUCGUCAGAAUCAAGAUGAAGAGCAACAAUUUGCAUCUCGAUGGCUGGAAGACAUGGCGACUACCCCAGCCAUUGCCUCUGCUUCCAAUGAGGAUAAUUCUUGUUCAUUCUGGAAUGGGCUUGGAGAAGCGGCAGAAUCUAAGGCAACUAGCCCAUUAGACAUCUCAAGAGUCCUCGACAGUCUACCUACUCUUACAGUGGCUGAAGAUCUGCUACGAAGGUUCCUUACCAAAGUGAAUAUCCUCUAUCAUAUGCUGCACGUCCAGACAGCAUGGUCAAAUCUAUAUGAGAUGUACGGAGAUCUUUCGAAUGGACGGACUCCAACGAGAACUCGCCUAGCCUUUGCUUUGAGCAUAUUUGCAGUGAGUGCGUACCUUGACCAACAGGGCAAAGAGCUUGACUCUACUAGUGAACCACCAAGGGUUCUCUCCGAGAAAUGGUUUCGAUAUGCAGUCUUCCUUCUAACGACCCCACCAAUACGAGCAUCCACCGAAGCAUUACAGGCGCUAGUGACCAUCACUCAUCUCUCUAUGGAAUUCAGUGGGUUCUCGACUAAUUUUCAUGGUCUCUGGCUCUCCACAAUCCGAAUGGCGCAAGAAAUGCGAAUACAUAGGCUUGACACGCCGUAUGACUGGGAGGAACGGAAGCGAAACGGCAUGGAUCCCGUUGAUGUUGAAUCGAAAAGGAGAUUGUGGUGGCACAUCGUUUCUUCAGACUGGCUGCUAGCAAGCAUAGGCGGCCCUCAGGAAGGGACGUACCUACUCCAUCCUCGGCAGAUAGAAACCAAUUAUCCUAGCAAUGUCGAUGACGACUCAAUCACGACAAGCAAAACCUAUUCACAUAGUGAGGACUAUGGGUUACCCCUGACAAGUCCGACUACAAUGACCUAUUUUAUCUGUCGUAUCAAGGCAGCCACGCUGUCUCGGGAGGUGGUGGAUCGACUUCCGCCGUCCUACUUUUCUUGCCCCGGCGCCGAUAGCAGUAACGAGAUCUAUGAUACUAUUCUCCUUCUUGAUCACAACUACAGUGCCUUUCUGAAAUCGCUCCCUCCGUUCUUUCGGUUAGACAGUUACCAAAGUGACGCGAGCGUCUUUCGUGAAAAGCCAUAUCUGGACCCUCAGAGAUCAUUUAUCAACUUCACGAUCUAUACGCAUAUCACACGUCUUCACCGGCCAUUCUUGAUUCGUGGAUCAUCUGAGCCAAAGUUCGCAUACUCCCGUAUGCAAUGUAUCCGUUCAGCGGAGAUGGUACUGGACAUUCGUCGCAACCGGAUGGCGGGAAGGGAAGAUCUCACCAAGCUUUAUUAUGUCCAACAUCAUGUUCUCAUGGCCGUGAUAGUGUUAGCUAUGGAUGUAUGUUUCAACCCUGACGAGUUGAAAAUUGAGGAAAGAAAAGCAGAUAUCCUAGCAGCCUGUCAGUUGCUGGAAAAUAGCUCUUCGACAGGAGGAACAGAAAGUGAGCCGGACCUUGGCAUGUCUAGAGGGUUACAGAAGGCCGUCCGAAGCCUGAGAGACAUGUUGAACAGACACAAGGCACGGCACCGGGCCGGUGAUACUGGCAUAGGAUAUCUGGCAGUCCCUAAGAUGGACAAAAGCAAGAUGACAGACAGACUACUCGGGCAUCGCACUGAUCACGGUGACGAGAAAUCUGGAUUCCCCCCAGAGACGUCCACCAACCAACAUGACCAGUUUCAACAGCAGCCGUUUGAUGAGUUAUGGAGCGACUUUUUCUCGGUGGCGCCCAGUUUCGAUAUUCCCGACUGGACUGAACUACUAGCGGAUCUUGAUUCCCAGCUCGGUACUGCAGGUUAAAAUAUAAGGUUAGUCGAAGGAGAGAUACACCGUUCCUCAGUUAAGGAUGAUAGCAGCCGUAGUAUGAAUAUUCUUGACUUGGUGAGAUCAAGCGUCCCUUAAGCAUCUACUCAAUCGGGACUACGCUUGACAUGACAGCUACAAGGACAUUCGGUACACGAAACCAUGAUAAUGCCCAGGCAGGGUAGGUAAGCUCUACAUUAUCAUGUUUGAGAAUAAACAGUCUGAGAUCCUGCGCAACAAUAGAACAAAAUAUUUGUUAUUUGUUCAUGACAAUCGUGUCCUUCAAUGCAU